AUGACGCAUCAUAUUCAUCGACAUCAGCAUCAUUUAGCAUGGGAUAAUUCGAUUCCUCCGGUUGCUACGAUCGAUUCUGGUGAAAUAGUUACAUUCGACUGUCUCGAUGCAUCGAAUGGUCAAGUGACAGCCGGCUCGACUGUGGAUGCCAUUCACUCGUUUGAUAUGUCGAAAUUAGAUCAGAUCAAUGGACCAAUUUUUGUUCGUAAUGCCAAACCUGGUGAUGUAUUGGAAGUUGAAAUUGUCGAUAUCAAAAUAGCUACGUGGGGCUGGACUGCUAUUAUUCCAAAUUUUGGAUUGCUCCACGAGGAGUUUCCAGAAGCACAACUGAAAAUAUGGCAAUUGGAUCAAGAUCAAGGCUUCGCUUGGUUUAAGCCGAAUCAAAUCCGCAUUCCGAUUCGCCCAUUCACUGGCGAAUGUGGUGUGGCACGAGGUUUGCCAGGAUCUUUCUCCACAAUACCUCCCUAUUGCACCGGUGGUAAUAUCGACACGAAAUAUUUAACCAAAGGAUCCAAACUAUAUCUACCAAUUGAAUGUGAAGGUGCACUCUUUAGUAUUGGUGACGGUCAUGCGGCACAAGGAGAUGGCGAAGUAUGUGGUACAGCAAUCGAAACACCCGUAAUCGUGUCAGUUCGUUUGACUGUAAUACGUGGCGAAUCUGUUAGUCAUGUUACAAGUCCAUGUUUGUUGACACGAACGGAAGAACGAUCGUCGACACGUUAUUAUUCUGUAUUAGGCAUUGCGGACGAUAUGCGCGAAGCAGCGAAACAGGCAAUUCGACAAAUGAUUGUUUACUUGGUGCAAAAUAAAGGAUUGACAAGAGAAGAAGCAUAUAUGUUAUGUUCGGUUGCAGUUGAUAUUCGUGCCACACAAGUUGUCGAUAUGCCCAAUUAUACAAUUGGUGCAUUUUUACCAUUGGACAUCUUCGUUAACGAGGAGACAAAAUAG